CAAUGUUUAAAUUUACGAUGUUACUUUUAAUUUUCAGUUUAAUGAUAAUAGAGGUAUGUUUUUUUUGAGCGCACGCACUUUAAAAAAAUUUUCUCGACAAAUUAUUACGCUUCGAAUUUCUUAAAAAAAAAUAAAAAAAAUAAAAUAAAAUAAAAUAUUUUCUUAGAGAGUUUCGAUGGUGUAUUCUCAAGAUACGAGUAGUGGUAUUGGAUCGAUUCCUGAGGGACAGACUUGGUAUAUUUGUAGUAAAGGUGCUACAAAUUUUAUCGAUUAUUCGAUGAGAAUGGUAGAAACAUCACAAGAUCCAACACCAGGAUUUGGUACAAAUGUAAUUGGAAAUCAUCCAAAACAAUUUAAUACAGUUGGAUUACUUACAAUGGUAGCAAAUUAUACAAAUAUACGAGCGUUAGUUGAUCCAAGUAGACCCAUCGUAUUAUUUAGAGAGGAAUUAUCUUGUAAUGUUGAGCCUGUAAAAGAAUGUAGUAAAUCAACUAAUCCUCCUCUUUCUAUACAAGAUAUUCUAUGUUUAGCAAUUAUGAAUCCAAAUUCAAAUAUUACAAAAUUUACUGCUAGUAUUUCAUUCGAUCAAAAUGCUAGUAAACCUAUUCUUACCAUUCCCCCUCCUAUAGAUGAUAACCCUAGUAAUACAAAUAAUUCACCUUCUUCUAGUCCAACCAAAUCUACUCCAUAUAUUGAUCCAACUGAAACACAUUCAUUUUUUGUUAAUAUUGCAAAUAGAUCAAAAAUUAUCGAUCCGGGAUAUUUAUUACUUCUAGGUAGUUUUAUAUCAAUAAUCUUAACGUGAAUUAUCAAAUGAAUAAUUUUUAGAAUGUAAAUAUUAUAAAUAUUAUUCAUAUUUAUAUUAAAAAUCUUAUGGAAGUUUAGUCUAGAAAAAUAGCUCAUUACAAAAUAAAAUAAUGUAAUUAAUAAGAUAAAAAAAAAAAAAAGUUUUUUAAAGUUUAUUUUUUUGUUUAAAAUGUAGAAAAAAAAGUUUUCAAAUUUUUUAUCCUAUUUUGCUUUUUCUAUCUUGCUUUUUCUAUCUUGCUUUUUCUAUCUACCGUAUAAAUCAUCAAAGAUGAGUGAAACUUUAUCAAAACCAAGAAACGUUAACCAUACUCUGAAAAAAUUGUACGAUUGGAUGGAGAAAGGGUUAAUCGAUAUUAACCCAGAAUUUCAACGUGGUAUAUAAUAUUAUAAAUAAUUAAUUGACUCUUU